AUGAGUGAAAGCGCCGAAACAAGUAAACCUCCCAUUGAACAUGACAGCACCACCGAUAGUGAGGAUGACAACGGUGAUUCAGAUUUUGACCCUGAAGAAAUUGAGAAGGAGAUACUGGGAGUGAAAAGUUUGUUAAGAAGACAAUGUGCUCGGCACAAGGACGUUGCAACCUUGAAGAGUGAACACAAAAAUUGGCUAAAAGGAGUAAUUUCACAGCUAGACCAUUCAAAUAACCUGGAGGGUGAAGACUUACAGGACACAAUUCAGAUGGUCAAUAGAGCUGAGGAAGGUGAAAGAGCUCGCCGAAUGUCAAUACCUUUUUCAGCUGAUGUGGAAGAAACCGAGCUGGACAUUUCUAUUCAGAGUGGACAGUUAUCAAAUGUUCAUACGGAACUUCUACACCUCUUUGCCAUUCACGAUGCUAAGUUUCAAAUGGAAUGUGAGCGUGACAGACGCAAUAUGGAAAAUUCCAAGAACAGAAUGCACGAAGAACUUAUGAGCAAGAUGGCCAGAAUGAAAGCCACAGAAGAAUUCGAGAGAGAAAGGACGAGAAAGAUAAAAGAAAUGAAGGAGUUAACAGAGACAGUCAGCGAAACGGGGCUUGCGAUGGCAGAAACAAACGAUAGACUGAGUUAUGUACACGCUGAUCUGAAAAAUGCGUUUCAAAUGAUGAGGGAUGCCGACGCCGCUAAGGAAGUAAAAGAUCGGGAGAAAACAGAGGACUUGAAGGAGAUGAUGCUGCAAGAAAUUAGACGACGGCCAGCAAAAAAUGAGAAGGACAUCAUGGAACAAGAAAGAAUGAGACGAAUUGAACUGCAUCAGCAACAAAUGAUCGAUCGACGAGGUUCAACCACCGACACGCUUUUGGAAGUUCAAGAACAAUUAUUGAAAAUAUUCUCCAAAAUCAAGAGGGAAAAGAAGGUCAGAAAGACUGAAAUCAAACAGAACCAAGAAGACCACAAGAACCGCAUGCAAGAGGAGCUCUUACGAAAGUCUCAUCAAAAGGAAGUGUCAAUUCAAGAGGCCCAGGAAAAAUGCCGAAGGAUCACGGAAACCAUGAGUCAGAUCUCAGACGGUGAUGAAGCGAAAGCCAAGGCUAUAGAUAUGUUGAUUGAUGUUCAGAAACAACUGCUGGAUGUCUUCGCCAUUACAAAGGUUCAAGACCUGAAAGACCGAAUGAGUCAUAUUAAGAUGUUGAACUGUCGUAAGAACAUGCUGAGAGAGAUCCGAGGCAAGAGAGCCGAUCGAGAGAAUAGCAGUGGCUUCUUACCCAAACCACACGCUGAUGCAGCUACGCUUAAGUCAGGCAGGAGACUCUCGUUAAUUGGUGAACGUUUGCAACAAGAAGUCAGUCAUUCUUCGUCUCCAGAAAAUUGUGAUGAUUAA